GUAUGGUUUAAAUAGAUCCUAUAUGCGACAGAGAAAGAGGCCCACGCCCCCCCCAAUUCAUAUACAUUACGAAGACAUACGAAGAUGACGAAGACAGAUUUUAAAGAAACACGGGACUUUGCAAAAUACAAUCUGUUUGGUGCUUGGAUUACUUACCGUACUUUUGGAAAAGAUUGGGAAACACAUGCCCGCAUAGUCCCCCACUAUCCGAUCAUCCUCGAAUUAGAUUGCUGAGAAGUUAAUGCAGAAACCAAAAUAAGAGUUCAUUCAUGUUCAUUCUGAUUUGUCAAACUCAGGUUUUCCAGAUCCUGCCAGGGCUCUAUCUUGGUUCCCAAUUGGGGGCGUCCAAGCUGACAGUGAUCGAGCUUUGUGACAUCUCCUUGGUGCUCAACUUGACCAGCACUUGCCACAGAGAUCGAACAUCGACGCAUAUCGAUACACCAUCGAAACCGUCAACAUGUUGUGCCGCUUUGCCGGAGCUUACUCGCUUUUAUAUCAUUUGAUAUUCACAACUCCCUCAUUCCCAGGCGGCCAUGCAAAAAUUCCGAAUCAUUUCGAAGAAAGAUGCAGGUACUUGAACUUUGAAGUCGUCGAUCAGCCGGGUGAGGACAUAUUGAGUCAUGCUAUCCGCGAAGGUGUGAAGGAGAUCCAGUCAGCCUUGGAGACCAAAAUGUCGGCAAUGGUUCAUUGUGCUGCGGGUUUAAGCCGAUCAGCAACGGUCGUCGUCGCUUUCCUCAUGUAUCAAGGCAGAAGUCUCUCAGAAGCAGUGGACCAGGUCACGAGGUGCAGGGGAAGACGUUUGCGCAUCAACCCUUCGUUCUGGAUGG